AGCCAAGCAGGCGGCAGCCUUGAGGUAGUUAGUGCAAGAUGGUGGAUAUGUUUUGAAUGUGCAGAGAGCGAAAUUUGAAAACAAACUUAUGUUUACAAGUGUGAAAGGUUAACAAGAGAUAAUAUUGAGCAUAAAUUAUAGAAGAAUCUAUUAAAAGUUUGGAUGACCAUGACAGACUCCGGGGGUGUUCAAAAGAACACGGCGUACGGUGUAUUUGUUCAGGCCUGCUGGGCUCAACACAAACGUCAGUAUCCUGACGAAUUGAUCCACAAGGAGAUCGAGGAGUUCAACAAACAAUGCUCUGUGUGGUGGUACAACCUGUCGGAGCAGGAGCGGGAUCGGUUCCAGGAAAUGGCAGAUCGGAGUAACGCCCAACAGGCCGCCAUCAGCCAGUACCAGGUCAACAGUGUUGUCACCACCGUCCAGAAUUCGGCUUCAAACAGUUCAGAAAUACCGAGUUUCGGAUCCAGCUUCGCCUACAGUGAUUACGGGAUCCAGGGGCAGGGCCAGGUCGUGAACGCCGUGGUGGACAACAACGGUCAAGUGAUAAACUACAGUACAAACACAGGCCAGGUGGUGAGACAGGUUCAAGGACAGAUCGGGAUCAAGCCGAUUAUGGGACAAAAGGUGAAUCAGAAACCCAUGAAGGACCCGAACGCCCCGAAGAAGCCGCUGAGUGCGUACUUCCUCUUCUCCCAAGAGGAGCGGUUAAAGGUGAAGAACGAGAAUCCUGAUUUAUCCAUCACAGAGGUUGCCAAAGAGCUGGGAAAAAGAUGGGCAACCCUGGACCCUGCCGUGAAACAGUCCUACGAGCACCGCUACCAGGACGCCAGGAAACAUUACGACCAGGAAAUGUCUCAUUAUAAACCGCAGAAGAAGAAAAAAGAUCCAAAUGCGCCGAAACAGCCUCUGAGCGCCUACUUCAUAUUUUCCACCGAAGAAAGGUUGAAGGUGAAAGAGGGGAACCCCUCCUACUCUAUCUGCGACGUUGCCAAGGAAUUGGGACGACGUUGGGCCGAUAUGGACCCCGCUAUAAAACAGAAGUAUCAAGCACGGGCCGAAGAGGAGAGACAGAAAUACGACGUUGACAUGGCUUCGUAUAGACAGGGGACCUACAGCGCAGAGAAUAGAACUAGUGGUUCACCGAACCAUCCCUCCCCCGCCCCCUCCCCCAGCUAUACCCAGUCCACCAACCUACAUCAGCCACAGCAGGGGUUACAGCAGACACAGCAAACUCUUACAACAACAGCAGACUAUUCAAACCUUCUUCAAUAGUUAAAUAAGUGCCCCGCCCCCUAAUCCAGGGUAGUUAAUCCUGUCACGCCCUCGAGGGAACCCAUCCUGGUUAUGUUCCAUAUUCAUUAGCAGAGCCAUUCAAUUAUUUUUCUAUGAAAAACUAGUUUUGUAUGAAUAAAGAGUUAAAAGAGGUGGCUAGGGGGGAUCCCCUCCUCUUCUCUCCCAUGAUAUAUUAUAACUUCAUACUUUUUAGUUUUCAAGUACAAACUCGAUACAAGUGUAAUACAUUACUUUAUUAACCAUAUGGUUAAUAACCAGGAUCUGAGAAAGUUGAAAAUCUGCUGAAGUUUGAGUCGAGUAGAUGUAAUACUUCAAGUUCAACAACUAGUUUUCUCAUAACUCCUUCCAUGGAUUACUGAUGCAUGUUGCGACCAAGUGACCCUAGAAACUUCACUUUUAUUUAAAGAAAUUGAUAAUGAAAAAAUUCAAAGUUUUUCCAAAUUAUUAUUUAAGUUUAGAAUAAAAUGAUAUGUUAUUUAAUGCUAAUGAGGACGGGAGGGCUAAUCUGAAUUUAAGGAUUUAUGACUUGGAAACGUUGCUUUUGAAAAUCCAGAUUUUAUUGUAUUAGUUGUAUUAAAAGUUAAAUGUACAUAAAUAAAAAUUAUGUUUCACUA